GUGACGUUGCAAGUAUAUUUACUAAGUUUUGAUACCAUAAGCGAAGCUACAAUGGAUUACACCAUAACCAUCUAUCUGAGACAGAAAUGGGUGGAUAGCCGUUUACAAUUUCCAGAUUAUAAUAAAUCGGAUUGGUUAGAACUAGAUACUAGAAGGAUUAGUGAUGUCUGGGUUCCUGAUACAUUCUUCAGAAACGAAAAAGGUUCAUCAUUCCAUAAUGUCACAGUGCCAAACCGACUGGUACAUAUACAUAAAGAUGGCACUAUUAACUACAGCUUAAAAUUGUCGCUAACGUUGGGUUGUUCAAUGAAUUUAGUAGAAUAUCCUCUUGAUAGUCAAGAAUGUCCUAUAGUUUUACAGAGUUAUGCCUAUACAAAAGAUAAUGUGGUAUUUCAAUGGUCUGAUAUUAAUCCAAUUACUAUACCUAAUGAUUUAACAUUACCUACAUUUUAUAUUAAUGGCUUUUAUACUGAAGAUUGUCUUGAUUUAUUUGAAAGUAAGUAUGGUACGGAAAAUUUCGCCUGUAUACGAGCUAAUUUUAAAUUAGAUAGAGCUAUUGGUUAUUUUAUUGUCCAAGUUUAUAUUCCCAGUAUGCUGAUAGUUAUCUUAUCGUGGAUAUCAUUCUGGAUAGAUGUUGAGGCAGUACCAGCUCGUAUCUCAUUAGGUGUAUUGACUGUUUUAACAAUGACUACUCAGAGCUCCGGCGCUCAGUCCUCGCUACCCAAAGUGUCAUAUGUUAAAGCUAUAGAUGUUUGGAUGGCAAUGUGUUUAUUUUUUGUGUUUGCGUCUCUGUUAGAAUUUGCUUACGUUAAUGUAAUGACAAGAAAAAGAGCGAAAAGAAUUCAGAUGGAGAAA